AUGCUCAGCCACGGUUUCGAGAUCAUGCUGGGCCAACCCCGGCGUCGCAAGAAUGCGAGCGCAGGAUCGCAGAUGGCCGCAGAUGACCCAAGAGGUUGUAUGCCAACGGAACCUGUAUGCCAUGAGAAUGCCCAGACAAAUACGGAGACGCUAGUAGAUGAUACACUGUUCUGUAGCAGCGAGAGAGUUCAGCGAAUGGCGAAUGGCAAUAAGGUUCUGUCAGUGGUUGUCGGCAAUGCGGUUGCUGGGGAUGAUGAAGUUGAGCUGGGAGAGGGAGCGGCGAGGAUCUCGGGGGAGGAGGAGCUUUCUGGCGGCGAAGGGGGUUCACAAGUUGUCGGGGAGGAGCUUGCUGGGGGUGAUGAGCUAGGAGGGGAAGCGGCGAGGGUCUCCGGGGAGGAGGAGCUUGCUGGAGGCGAUAGGGUGAUGAAGACUUUCGGAAAUAGCGAGUUCCCAGCCAACAACCAGAUUGCAACCGGCGAUGACAACACCAUAUCAGCUUCAGGAAACAGCAAUUCACCGUUCGAACGCGAAAACCUGCCCGAGUAUAUUCGGUUUCAAGAGGGUUUACAAGCGUACCUGCGAGGUGGCGUACCAUCGAAGAAGGGAGCUGCAGUGAUAGCAAUGAUGGCAGAGUCUACCUUUGUACAUUGAUCACUUGGACGAAGAACAAAGGCAGACUACGAGAAGGCCUGUCGGCUGAUGUUGGAAGGAGAGAAAGAAACUCUGAUUUGGCGUUGUGAGAUUCUGCAGCAAGCUGGAUUUCCACAGACCCUGAGAGAUGUUCGAGAUAUGGCCCAAACCAUUUUACGGAAACGAGUCCCAGCAGCAACCAUCAGCCCUCGAUGGAUUGACAGAUAUUUUUACAAUCAACAUCCAGAGACGAAGGUCAGGUGGAGUCAACAGCUCGAUAGAAUCCGGGC